UGACCUGAACUUACCAGAAGAUUUUACUAUUCCUUACAUGGUCUAUCUGCAGUCCAGUUCAGAACCCUGUGUGGGAUCUCUCAUUCACCCUCAAUGGGUACUGACGGCUGCCCACUGCCCCUUACCUGUCAAAAUCCGACUGGGAGUCUAUCAACCCAGCGUCAGAAAUAAGAAAGAGCAGAUACGGAAUUACUCACAGAUUAUCCCCGCCCCUGAGUUCAAGGCGCAGUCACUGGAGAAUGACCUGAUGCUGAUAAAACUCUCCAAGGCUGCUGUACUCAACUCCCAUGUGGGGACCAUAGCCAUAUCUAUGGAGCCCUUAGCACUUAAUGAUUCCUGCUUUAUCCCAACCUGGACUUGGAAUGAAUACAAAAACCUUAGUGACCCUGACAUCCUGACUUGGAUAAACCAACCUUCUCAUCCCUUCGAUGACUGCAGGAAUAUGGCAGGACAGAGAAUGGCAGUGCACAUCAUGUGUGUGGGACAACCUCUAAACAUCAUAUCUAAAGCCAAGGAAGUCUCAGCUGCUCCAGCCAUCUGCGAUGGGAGGCUGCAUGGAAUCUUGUCCUGGGACAAAGGAAGUGUCACCCUGGGAAGUGAAGGGUUCUUCACAGAAGUUCAUCACUAUGCAAGAUGGAUCAUGAAAACUAUUAAUACCCACUGAGACGCUCCAUUCCUCUGUCCCCCAGGGCAACAUCUUCAUGAUUUCUAUACUGAAUUCACAACUCUCUUGAUCUUUCUUUUCUUGGACAGAAUCCAAAUAGAAAAUAUUCAGU